AUGGCGUCGUUGUUCGAUGCGUUGACAAAAAAUGCGGAUCGUUUGCCAACGCCUAAUUUUUUACCAGAAGAUUUUCUAGAUUUGUUGAGGAGCCCAGAUUUUGACACAAGGCUACAGGUUUGGAAUUUUUGUUUUUCUUCAGAUUUGAAACAAAUAAUUCUAGACGCUAAACCGGGCUUCUGGAAUAUCAAAACGUGAUCCAGAUUGGUUCACAAGAUUUCCAAAAAAGGGUGAACUUUUCAAAUGUCUUGAUAAAAUCUUAAUCGAUGAAAGAUGGGAACUUCAACAUCAAUGUAUCAAAUUUCUCGCGGAAGCAAUGCCAACUUUUGGAACAUCAACUGAAUAUUGUAUGUGUUAUGUGAUGCCAAAUCUUAUUCCAAAAAUGGGAAGCCCAAGAAUAACAGUGAAAAAAGUUUGUCAGCAAGCAAUAAUAACAUUUUUGCGCUUGAAACCGGAAGCUCUACAAUCGUUCUUGAAAAUGUUGGGAAAUUAUGUGCAGAAUAAUCCAAACGAUUUGCAAAUACUCAAAGAACUUCCCGCAUUUUUUAUACCCGAGUUAUCAAAAUUGAAUUGGACUGCGCUUGUUGAAAUGUAUGCAAAUCAAGAAGCCACAAAAGAUAAUGGACUUAUUCUCAAAAAAUUAAGCGGUGAGUCAAAAUUCGGCAUAUUUAGAGUAAUAUACAUAAUUUGUGUUUUUAUUUUCAGAAUAUAUUGGUGUUGAUACUUAUAAUUCAAUUGUUUCUUCGAUGAGCCCAGAAAAAAGAGAAAAUAUAAGUAAAAUGACGGAAAAUGUUAAAGUUGAAAACACAAAUGAUCAAAAUCGCUCUAUAAAUCGUGCUUCAAUAAAAUUAGUAUCUGGAAAUGAGAGAAGACUGAGAUUUGGAAUUGUGCCAGCAUUGGUAGCUUCGUUGAUAUCAGAUGAUCAAGAUAUUAAUUCAAGAAUUUCAGGUUUAGAAAAAGUAUGUUUUUCUUCGAUAUUUAUCAUGAAUUGAUCAUCUAUACUAUUUUAUGAAUACAUUUUUAGUUGAAACAAAUAAUCGAGCAAAUAACACCAGAAGAAAUCAAUCGACUAGUUCCUCAUCUUCAUUCUUAUCUUCUUCUCCUCUCAAAUGUUCUUUCCGAUUUAAAUUUCAAAAUUGUUGUGAUUGCUCUUGAUAUUGUUCGCCUAACAGUUCAUUCUCUUCGCAAUCAUAUGGAAGCACAUCUUCAACAAUUAGUAUCAUUGGUUUCAAAACAUUUUGGAAAUCAGAAAAGUGUUAUUAAACAACUCAUAAUGAUGACAUUUAUGGACUUGUUUCAGGUAUAGUCUUCUAGGUUUCAUUAUAAAGUUCAAACUUUUUUAUAGCAUAUAAAUCCAAAAUCGGUUUCUGCAUCUCUCCGACCUUAUUUAGAAAACAAGAACUCAAGAACAAGAGAAGAGGUUCUAAAUAUUUUGACAGCUGCAUUGAUGACAAUUAGUCCAUCAAAGUUCAAUAUGACGCCGGUUAUUAAUAACUUAAUACCCUUAUUGAAUGAUGUUAAAAGACGUGUAAGAUUAGCUGCAUUCGAACAAUUAUCAGUUGUUGCCUAUUUAAUGAAUAAUAAAUAUGAACCAAUUAUGAAAAUCGUUCGAGAAAUCGAAGUCGAACAAAGUGCUCGAGGUCUUAGUGAAGCUGUUCAAUCAAGAAUUCGUCGACAAUUAUUACCCCGAAUUCGAUAUGAUGGAUUGAUUGAGUAUUCAACACCUCCAAUUUCUGACACUGCGUUUGCCGUAGAUGAAAAUGAAAUGGCAAAUCCUGAGAAUGCUGAUCUGACAUGGAUUUUGAAUUCGGGUGGUAGAGAAAUAGAUCCAUUUGAUAGAACCGUCUCACCAGUUAGUCUGGCAGGAAAUUUAGCUGUGAUUCGGAGAAAUCGAUUGAAUCAGGUGAGAAAGUUUUUCAAGAUGUAGGAAAAGCUAAAGUUUUUCAAUUCAACUUUUUCACAAUCUCUGUCAUUUUAAAAUGUCAAACUACGGUACCGAGGCCUUUCCAAACUACAAACAUCCGAUAUUUUCAAAUCAUAAUAAUAUAUUAUUUUUUCAGCAACAACAGCAACUACAAUCAUCUUUGUCCGGAAAUGGCUACGGAAGUCACGAAAUUAACAACGGCCAAAAAAUGGCCGGAGGAGAAGGCGGAGCAGCAAUGACAAUGGCUCGAAUGAAAAGCGAUGAUUCAAUUGUUAGACGACAAACUUCAGGUAUUUUUGUUUGGUUCUCACUUUGAGUUUUUUUUGGGAUGACAAAAAAUGUAGUCGCGUGUUUUUUCACACGGUUGCCAAGGAUUAAGAGGCUAUUGUAUGUAUGCAUCUAUUUUUUUAUGUUUUUGAUAAUACUUUUACUUUCCAAUAUAAAAAAAGAUGAUAAGAUGUAGGUAAUCCGCAUAUGAGGUUUUUCGUGUACUAAUUUUUUUCUCAUCAAAAAACUAAACUAGGAACGUGCGAUUCUUAAAGAUCAAAAUGUUCCGUGUAAACUCGACAUUUAUUUUUCUGGCACAUAUUUUAUAAUUGAAUAUUCCACGUUCUCUUUUCUAUAAAUAUCAGUAUUUUCAAAAGUAUUCUUGAAAUUUUCAAAAAACUGAAUUUUUUUCCACUCAACUUUACUACUCUCAAAAAAUCUCGUAGUAAAUGCUCAAUUUUCAAAAGAACAAAAAAUGUUGACCAGGUGAAAUGUCCAUCAAAAUGCCCCCUUUUUUCAACUACUCUUUUCUAUUGUUACUCGGUUGCCAUGCAAUUUUCAACGUUUUUUGUUCUCUUCUUGCUUUUCAUCGUGUUGUUGUUGUUGUUAUUUUCACUUGUCUGAUAUAUCUAUACUUUUUUAUUUCUCUAUAUAUAGAUAAAUAUAUAUAAUUCGAACAUGGGUACAACUGUUUCACGAUCUUCUUCUGCACAGACACGUGUCAAACCGGCUGGAAUGACUCCUGGUUUUGAGAUUGUCAGACGACGUAGGGUCUAGGGUUGAGGGUCACGGAUUACGACAAAAAUUGUUCAAUCAAAAUCACGAGUGUCUUAUUUUCAGCAAUUUCAAAUCCCAAUUCGAGUACAAGUUCUUGGGAACAUCCUAAGAAACGGGAAAAUAGUCCGAUGGAAAAAGCUGCAGUGAUUCCGAAAAAAGAAGUGAAUAAUAAUUUGGUGGCAAUUGAACAGAAAUAUAAGGUAAGUUAAACUAUUUGAUCUGAUGAAAUAUGAAUACUUACCUAUCGAAUCACGCAGGACUAAUUAUUAAUUUUCAGAAAUCACGCUCCGAGACAAAUCUAAGCAACGAUGAGCGCGAGAAUUUGACACCGCCACCGAUAGCAACUUCCGCCUCUACUCAUUCACCACCACCUCCUCAUCCACCCACACAACUUGACCAUCCGAGAAGUUUUGAUGACCGUCCUGCAAAAGCGAGUGGACAAUAUUCUUUACAAGGUUCGUAUAGUCAUAAAUAUCCAAUAAGAUGUAACCAUGUGAGCACAACGAUUUUUGUUGCUUCUCCGUUUUUUUCUUUUUGAAAAGUGUAUUUGUUCUUUCUUUUAUUCUUUUUUUUCUGCUUUUUUGUAAGCAAAAAAUAUGACGACAACCAAACUGCCACCGAUUUAUAGUUCAAUGAACUCUAAUAAAACUAGAUCUUGGCUGAAAACUGACGGACGAGAAUAUUUAUGGAGUGCACCAAGUUGGUGUUGAUCUGAAUCGUUUUUUCUAGGAUUAACUAUUCAAAUUUUCAGACUUUGAAUCGGUUGGAAACAACAUGGGAAAGAAAUCAAUAAGUCAUCACAGUCUUCCAAUUACAACCAACAAUCAUCAACCUUUGAAAAACACUCAAUCUCAGCCUCCAAAACGUGGAAAUAGUUUUUUGAAAUCUGGACAAGGGCAAAGAACAACAAAGGCAGCAAAGGUUAGUUCUGAUCAUUUCAAACAUUUCAAAUAAAAAUAAUUUCUAGCCUCGAGAAGUUUCGGCAAAAAGUUAUUCAAUGGAUAUGUCAAUGAUGACUGUUAAUGGUGCUCUCAAGAAACUGGAAUCUGAUGAAUGGUCAGAUAAAGUGGAAGGAUUGAAUAUGAUAUCAGCACUAUCUGAAACAAAUUCAAGACAAAUACAAGAUAAUCUGAAAGAUGUUAUAAUAGCGGUGCUCAAUGAAUGCAAAAAUUUACGCUCUUCUGUAUCUCGGGUAGCUAUAGUGACAAUUGGAACAGUUGCUCAAAAUUUGAAUUCGAAAAUUGAUUCGGAAAUGGAAAAAGUGCGCUUGAAGUUUUAAGAAAAAAUACAAGAAAAUCUUAUAUUUUAUUCCAGAUUUGCGCAGUUUUGUUGAAUAAAGCGGGUGAUGUUUCAAAUGCUUUUAUUCGAGAAGAUGCAACUGAUUCAUUGAAUAAAUUGGUUCAAUCAGCAACAGCUGGAAAAGCACUACAAGGAAUAAUUACUGCAGGAUCCAAAUCAAAGAAUAAUACGAUUCGAGCAUCAUGUGCCAGCUUUGUUAAUGAUAUUAUUAGUAUUCAAGGAAGUUCAACAAUUAUGAAUAACCCAUCAACUCUUUCUACAGUAUUACCUAUUUUGAUUAUGUUUUGCAAAGAUCAAACUCCGCAAGUUAGACAAUAUGGAAAACAAGCUCUUUUAUUUUUAGCAAAAGACACAAACUUUGAAAGACUUCUUCGAAAAAACGCCGGAGAAUCUGAAGGAAAAGUUAUAAGAGAAAUAUUAUCCGGAAUCGAAAAACGUGGAAAUGAAAGUAUGUCUGGAACACUUUCUCGAGUUGGAAGUACUAGAAAAGUUCAGAAGAAAUUGCCAGAUAGUUUGCAAUUAGAUUUGGAUGAAAUUAGAACUGAACUUCUUGCAAGUGGCUGGGAAAGAAGACAAUCUGGACUACAACGAUUUGAAGAAAUGUGUUCACAUGCUGCAAAAGCUGUUGCAAGUGAUACUAGACUUAUAGAAGCAUUCAUUGCUAGAAUUGGAGAUUUGAAUACAAAAGUUGCGAGUUAUGCAAUGGACACAUAUUUAGUCACUCUUGCAACUAUGUCAAAAUUAUAUUCAACAGAAUCAAAUUUGAAAGCAGUGCUCAAUCAAUUACUUUUUGCAUUGACUGCGCAUCUUUCGAGCAAAUCAGAAGAACAUCGACAUCUCGCACAAACUUGCAUUCAACAUACAAUUAAGACAAUUGGUAUGUAAUUAUAAUAUAGUUAUACGAGAGCAGAGUAAAUUUUUUUUUUUAAUUUCAGAUUCAGUUUGUUUGCUUCCGGCAAUGACAGCAGCUACAAGGAAGUCUAAUGUGAAACAAAGACCAUUCAUUUUAGGACAAUUCACAGGUAACUAAAACUAUAUUUAUGAAUUCUCAAAUAAUUGAGGUUUUAGAACUAUGUAAACUUGCUUAUCGAGUCAAACCAAAACAAGUUGAAGUUAUGGCAUUACCUCUACUUUGGGAGUAUUUGAAAUCACCACCAAGUGAUGUUGAAAACAAGAAAGCACUAGAAAAAUUUGUAAAAACCUUGUCUGCUUUGGUGAGCCAAAAAACCCAUCGUUUUCAUAAGUACCCCAGACUUAUUUUCAGAUUUCCGAGAAAUCUUUGCUCGAUCUCGCCACUUCCGAAUUAGACCCACAAAAAAAGAAACAUUUGGAAUUAUUAAUUCGGUGA